AUGCGCGACCUCCUCGUCGUUCUUUCUGAGGCCCCUCCCGAGCAUCCGAGCGAGGAGCUCUUGGCCGAGGCCUGCGCCCUGCUCGACGGCGGCCAGAUCCACGAUGUUGACGCUGCCGACUCGCGUGCCCGCACCGCUCUGCACCUCGCCGCGGCGAGACCGGGCCACCUGCCGGUUAUAGAUCGCCUUCUGCGGCUGGGCGCGACGGUCAAUGCGCAGAACACGCACGGUAGUACCCCUCUCCACUUUGCUGUCCAGCACGGCCACGUGGAGGCGGCCACGGCCCUCAUCAAGGCGGGAGCUGACCUAACACUGACCAACCAGCAAGGUCGGCCUGCGCUGUUUGCGGCCAGCGAUGUGCUGCGUGUGAAGCUGAUGGGCAUUGCAAGCGCGAGGACCGAUGGUCCGCCGGUGACUGGGCUCUGGCGGCCCAAAGGCGAGGGCCCAAGCUCAAAGGCCCCCCCCGAAGCUGACCCUGUGAGAGCAGCCAUGCCCACCGGUCCCAAGGUAGUAAGGCCCACGCCCUUAGCUUCUGCCAAUGGACGCCCUCGGACGGCUCCGGCACCCGGGAUCCAUGCUUCAGAGCUUGCGCGCUUGCGCGCGGGGUAUCGGAAGCUCAUCAAGCAACACCUCGACACCGCCAAGGAGGGGCCUGCUACCGCCGUCAGUGACGAGCUACCCAAAAGAGGCGCGAUACGCUCUGCGGCUACGCAUUGGCCAUUGGUGGAGAGGUGGCUCGAGGUCGCGCGGCGUGAGCAAGAAGGGAUGGCAUCGUACAGUAAGCUAUCAGUCGCGCUUGCCACUGCGGACGACAUGGUACAAGUUGAAAAGGACCCUCAGCGCUCGCACUGCAUGGCGACGGAGGGGCUGCCCGUGCCGCGCCAGCGAAUCGCGCAGCUUCGUCGGGUCUUACGUGCGUGGUGCAAUCUGUACCCAGCGCUCGGCUACACGCAGGGCAUGUCCCACCUUGCCCUCUUCCUGUUGCAGCUCGCCUGCAGCGCGCGGCUGGUGAGCGGAGGCAAAGCGGAGGCGGCAGAGGUGCCAGACAAGGAGCAGGCAGAGGCAGGAGCUGAGCUUGCCGAAGCGGAGGCAGACCAGGCGGAGGAGGAUGCCUUUGCGCUCUUUGUGCUCCUGAAUGCGCGCCUUCCGCCCGACUUUUACGUGCCGCAGCUUCGCGGUUGUGAGCGGGAGUUCGAGAGCCUUAUGCUCAUCUUGGACGAGACGAGGCCUGCGCCCACUUGGCUGGACGCGGGCCACGACGCGGCCGCAGUGCGGUUUGGCCUGUUUUUUGCAACAAUCAAGUGGUGGCUCGCCCUCUGGUGCGACUCUUUGCCGCUGCCUCUCGUCGUCCAGGUCUGCGACCGCAUGAUAUCUGCGUCGCUCUCAACCGCGGCUGCAGCGGCUGGACUGCAAACAGACAAUACCGAGCCGAGCGACGCCAACUUGCGAUUCACGCUGGUAAUUCUGGCGCUCGCAGAGGAGCACAUCGCCACGUCCUUGCAGCAUCUGGGCGAGGAGGAGCUCAAUCCCGGCAGCGUCUCGCAGGUGAUGCGCGAGGCGGUGUUGCAAGCGACUGACACGACCUCCCCCGAGGCUCUCGCCCACGCUGUUGCGGAGCUGGAGCUUCCGGAUGGGAUUGGCACGUCGACGUGGCGAGAGAGAGCGGCAGCCAGCGUGACGACGAGCGAGGCAGGACUCUGA